CACUAAUUGGUGAUUUGCAAAAUUUGUGCUACCGUCUAGAGGAUUGGGCGAUUGUUGAAAACAAUUUAAAAGUAUUCCAAGAAUUUUGUAAUAAAAUCGCAAAGAAACGCUUGACUAAGAUGGCACAACCCACAGUUAAUGUAGCUGGCUACUUAGCUAAUCAAAAAAAGACAACCAACAAAGAAUUAGCGGCUGAAUGGACCGCUCUGGAAGAUUUAUACAAUGAAAAAUUAUGGAACGAGUUAACCAUCAAAUUAAACAAAUUUGUUCAUCAUGCUUCCAUGCAGGAUGAGGAUGCCCUAUUACAGCUGUACCAAAAUUUUUUACAAACUUUCGAAAUGAAAAUUAAUCCUUAUGGCCUUGUGGAAAUCGUUGAAGUUAUUGUUGAGCACAUCACCGACAAAAAGGAGGCUAUUGAAUUCUUAACCAAAAUCAAGGAUAAGGUCAAGAUUUGCGAUGAAGCAGUUUGGUACACACAGGUCCUUCAAGGCAAUAUCUAUUUAUCCAGUCUUAAUGAUUUGGAUGCCUGCAAAAAAAUUAUUGAGGAACUGCGUGAUACCUUGGAAGAUGUGGGCAAUGUUACACCUGUACAUGGCAAAUAUUAUAUGUUGGCCUCCCAGUACUACAGGCGUGUGGGCAAACACAGUGACUACUAUCGUUGUGGUCUACAAUUCUUGGGUUGUUCUAUAGAUGAUUAUCCCAAAGAUCAAUGGGCACAACAGGCUUUUUGUUUGGGUUUGGCAGCAUUGUUGGGCGAAGGCAUUUACAAUAUUGGUGAAUUGUUGGCUCAUCCAAUUUUGGCUGCCUUAAAAGGUACGGAAAACGAAUGGUUAAUCGAGUUGUUGAAAGCAUUUAACACCGGCGAUCUCAAAAAGUUCAAUGACAUGAAACCGACUUGGUCGAAAAUUCCUGAUUUGCUUGCCCAUGAAAUAAAAUUAAGACAGAAAAUUUCUCUGUUAUGCCUAAUGGAAAUGACCUUCAAACGUUCAGCCACACAAAGGUCUAUCACAUUUGAAGAUAUUGCCCAAGAAACUCAACUGCCUUUGAAAGAAGUUGAGCUAUUGAUUAUGAAAGCUUUGGCUUUGGACUUGGUUAAAGGCGAAAUUGAUCAAGUCGCAGGGGUGGUUAAUAUGUCUUGGGUUUUACCUCGCGUCUUGGAUCGCAAACAGAUUGCCGGCAUGGCCACUACUUUGGAUAACUGGAUGACUAGCAUUAAUUCCAUGGAGAAGCUCAUGGAAUCGCGUGCUGCGGAAAUUUUGACAAACUAGUACUAGUAGUACUGAAUGUAGCAGCACACUUUCCCCCAAAUGUUCACACACAAACCGAAGAGAAGAUGUACUGUAAUGUCAUAUACAUGAAAUUUAGUUAAAAAUGAAAUAUUGAAGGCUUUGUGGUAUCUUGGUUGGCAACUUAUCAAGUACAUUGCUUCCUGCAAUUAAACCUUUACAAAUAUUAUAUUUUUAUACCUAAUCCCUUCAUCAUUUUCUAGUUUGCUAAAUUUUCAUGCGAAAUUCACAACAAUUGCUAUACAGGUCGAUUAUGGAUGGCAACCCAACAUCAGUUGCGUUGCCAAAGGGGCAAAUUUGUUAUAGUUAUGUCCAUUUCUGCAUUGAAUUGCAUACUGUUUUACAAAGCUAGUGAGUUACUAGCUGAACGCUCAAAACAUUUGUAUUCAAUGAAACUGACAGAAAUUUCCAACUUUAAACUUAGUUUUACUCCAUGAUUUUGUCUUCUGGCAACGCAACUAUAUUUGAGUUGCCAUCCAUAAUCGACCCCUUAGUCUAGGUAUUUUUAAACUAAAUAGUAAUGUAAGUUUCUUUUUUUUUUAAUUUUAUUUGUAAAAUAAAAUUUUAAUAACAUUUAAAA